AUGGAUAACCUUGUAUCACAAUUGAAACAACUUAUUACUAAUCAAGAUAUCACUACUCAAACGCAUAUUCAUCACUCACAAGUACAACUUGCUUCACCUAUUCCUCUGUUACUCAAGUAUCUUUUACCACAACCUUUUAUAAACUUUUGGUAUAGAAGGACUCGACAACAGAGAAACACACUUUUACAAAUACUUGUAUCAACUGCCCUUGCAUUGUAUAUCCUUUUACCAUCACUACCAGGAUUGAACAAUAGCGGUAAUAAGAUGUUUACUAAGCGUCCUGAUAAACACACUACUGGAUUAAUCAACUUGAGAAAUGACUGUUUUGCCAAUUCUUCUUUACAAGCGUAUUCAUCAUUACCCUCAUUAACUGAAUAUCUCAACAAAUUGAUCACCAGUUUCAAUCAACUUGUAAAUUUCAUCAAAUCACACAAUAUCAAUAUCGAAGAAUUGAUUCAAUUAAGAAUUCAACAUCAUAAAUCUUUACAAAAUGAUAAGUUCAGAUCAUCAAAUCAAAAAUUUGAUAUUCCCUUGCAUAUCGCUAUGGCGUCAAUGAUUAAGAAAUUGCAAGAAACUCAAAUGACAUCAAAAACCAUUUCAGUUUGGACUUUUUUACAUGAGUUGGAGAAAAUCUUUAAUGCCAAAAUUUCAAGAAGUCAACAUGAUGCUCAGGAAUUGACUCAAUUGAUUAAUGAGACUUUAGAGAAUGAAAAUUUAAAGAUAAAAAGUUUCCAUAAAUUCAUCACUUUACACUUGCAUCAAGUGGUGCCUAAAGGGGUGCAACCAUCACCACAUGAUUAUACUACAUUGGAACAAAUUUCAGUACCAGAGUUCCCAUUUGAUGGUUUGAUUUUGAGUCAAAUGACUUGUUUGACUUGUCAUGGAGUCUCAAAGCCAACUUUCACUCCAUUCGUAAUGUUAACAUUACCAUUACCCAUGCAACCAUUGGUUAAAUUGGAGACUUUAUUAGAGGAGAAUGAGAGUGAAACUAUUGAAGGUUAUCAAUGUAUCAAAUGUAGAUUGGACAAGAUUGUUGCUAAUGAGAAUGCAUAUGCAAAUCAUCAUAAUGGUGAACCAAGACAAGUGCCUCCACAAGAAGAACAGUUUUUACAACAAAUCAACGAUUUAGAUAAGAACCCACAUUUGUGUAUAAAUGAAGAUUUGCCACAAUCGUUGGAGGAUUACAUCAAAUCAUACCAUGCCAAUGGUCUUGAUAUUUCCAAAAUUACAUCAACAGUUUCGAAAAAGUCCCAUAUUCUUAAACCACCUAAAAUUUUUGGUCUUCAUCUAUCAAGAUCGGCAUUUGAUGGACAAUCAGUCACUAGAAAUUCGUGUCGAGUUGAGUUUAAAGAUAGCAUGACCUUGUCAAUUGGGAAAGAAUACCUGGAACGCUUGAAACAUUUCCAGUCAAUUGUCCAAGACGAUGAAGAAAAAUUAUUGAACAAGUUAACAUCCUCCGUGUUGACUACAGAUGAAAAUGAUAUGGAAGAUGAAGAUGUUCAGCGAGACGAUUUUGAGGAAAAAGGACCUAUUGAUGAAGAUGAGGAGGAUAUUUUAACUGAUGAUGGAAGAGCAACUGAGAAUGGAACAACUGAAGACGAUGAAGAUGACGAUGAAGAUGACGAAGACGACGGUGACGGUGAUGAUGAUGUCGCAUCUUCAGCUACCAGUACUGAUUCAGCAGCUCAAACAAUGACAACUGCAACAACUUUGAGAACUGGCGAAACACCAAUUGUGGCUCAACCGUCAAUCAACUCGGCUCCUAUAUCGGAACAGCAAACGGAAAAGUUGACCCAGCAUUUCCGAAAAUUCAAGUUCAAUGACAAUGACUUGUACAAGUAUCGAUUAAGAGCAGUUAUCAAACAUUUGGGUUCACAUACCCAGGGACAUUACGAAUGUUACAAACACAAGCCAUUGUUUGUCAAGGAUAAGGAUGGCAACAUCUUUAAAUUGUCACCAGAAAUCAUGGAUUUGUCAGGCAACGUGCACUGUGAAGCCACUCCAGUAGAGUCAGCACAACAAGAUAAAGGUGGCAAUGACACCAACUCCACCUCCACCUCCACCACCAACAACUCUUCAACAUCAUCGUUUUCGCUUGGGCGUAAGAGCUCAAUGAGAAAACUGAGUCGCUCAAUCAGUGGUGGAUCCGAUAAGGAUGAUGAUGGACUAAGAUCUAAAUUUUCAAGUCUUAUGGGUAGACGCCCCUCGGUUAUACAAGCAAAUCCCAAAAAUGUGGAGGAGAUUUUACAAACUGGAUUACACACGCCAGCGGAAAUUCUCGUUGAUGAUCCAAUGAAGAGUAGCAACAACUUUGAAGACGCUUUUGCACAACACAAUUUCAAAGAUCAGCAUUACCAGCAACAACAACAACAAUUGCCCGGGAACCACAGUACAUUACAUGGUCAUAAUGGACAUGGCACCAACCGUCAACAUCCGUUAUCACAUCAAAUCAACAGCGACGAAGUUGAUACAAAUACAAAUGCAUCUGCUACUUCCGCCACCUCUGAGCCACAAAGAAAAGUCAAAAUGAAGAAGAUUAGCUCCUUGAUUUCAAGCCCGUAUUGGAGAAUUAGUGAUGGUCAGGUGAGUGAAGUGUCGAGAGCUUCGGUGUUGGCCGAGGAGACUUCGGCUUACAUGUUGUAUUAUGAACGAGUUGAUAGAAAACAAAUCAAACGAUCACAUCGUCAUUAG